CCCCACCAAGGCUCAUUGUAACACUGCUCUUCACAACCGUAUAGCUCAGUUAAUGAAAAAAUGGACACAGAAAUUGGGAGAAGAACAGAUCUUGCUCUCCCAAACCCACAAGAGCCCACCAGUGUGCCUGAAAUUGAACUUUCAGUAGUAUCUCUCCAUGAUAAGAACUUACUGGAGAAAGCUGCCCUAUCCCCACCACGCCAAACGUGGCUGACUCUUUUGAAGAAGGAGCUGGAAUUCCUGGGGGUAACACAAAUUCUGAUUAGUUUGAUAUGCUUUUAUUUUGGAAUAAUCGUCUGCUCCGUGUUCAAUAAUUCAGAAUUGAAAGAAGAAUUUUUUUCAUCAUUUAAAGUAGGCUACCCAUUCUGGGGAACAGUAUUUUUUGCUAUUUCUGGAUUUGUGUCAGUUAUGUCUGAAAGGAAACAUGUACCAUAUCUGAUACGAGGAAGACUGGGAGCGAACACUGUCAGCAGCAUAGCUGGAGGAAUAGGAAUCAUCAUCCUGAUCAUUAACCUAAAGAAGAGCUCAGCUUAUAUCUACCGUUGCCGGGAUAUUUAUGAGAAAGACAUCUGCUUUGUGGCUUCUGUUUCCGCUGAAAUUGUGGCAAUGAUCCUGUUUCUCACCAUUCUGGGGUUUUGCAGUGCUGUGUCACUCACCGUCUAUGGGAUUGGAGAAGUAAUUGAAGGAAAUAAGAUUCCAGAAGAUCGUCUUUAUGAAGAAGUAAACAUCUAUGCACCAAUUUACAGUGAGUUGGAAGAUGGAGGGGAGGCAACUUCUCCCACUGAUUCGUAAGAAUCAUGAGUCCAGAACAUUCUGAUCAUAGCAAAGGAUCUAGGAAGCCAAGAUCUUUGUUUAAGGGACUCCUGGCAAACUUUCAAUUCUUUCUGUGACCUGCCAACUUUACAUUAUGACUUAUUCUCCAGAUGACAAAAUUCUAUUUUUAUUGUUUCCAUUCACUUAAAUCCCCCUCCAUUUGUAAAUACGAAAGACUCCUAUUUUUCUUGUUUUCUGUGGCUGUUUCACACCCAUCCCUUCUGGGCCGUCAACAGAAAACAAGAAAAAUAAGCAUUUACGCUGUGCCUAGAACUGUGCAAAUAGAGAAAACAAGAGGAAGGCUGGUUGAGCGUUGAGUUAAACUUAACAGUUUGGUAAUAUUUGUCUCUUAGCCCCUUUUAGA